GUGACACUUGGGUGUCCCUAGGAGUGGCCCUUCCCUGCUGCAUCCCGCUCCUCCUGGAUCCAGCUGUGCCGCCCCCCAUCCAGCUGUGCCGCUCGUGCCACCGCACAGCUGGCUCAGGGCACAGCCCCGUGUCGCACCACCGCCUCUCUGCCCCUAUUCUCGGCCCUAUUUCCGUUGCCAUCUCACUCGUCCCAACCUUUAUUUCCCCUCCCCAGCCCCCGCGGGAAGUUCUUCGCAAACCUCGGCCCAGCUGCGGCUUUUCCCAGCACCCGCGGGGGGACAAAGCCACCGACCUCCGCGCCUUCCCCUCACCGAGGGGAAGGAGGAAAACCCCCAAAAAAAGACCUCCAAAACCCCCGGCAAAAAAGCUGCGCCGGAGCUCAGGUACGUGGGGGUGUUUUACUCCAUCUUUCCAGGGCCCGCCCUCCCCGCGCCAUUGGCUGCGGCCCGGUGCUCGCAGCCUUUUGUACGCGGGGAGAUGCAGCUGUCAGCCCGCCCGGCUGCCGAUCCCGGCUCGCUCCCGGACUAGGAAUGGGCAGGAGGAAGUCGCCUGUUGCCCUCCUGGUGGCCCUGUGGCUCGGCCAGCUGGGCACGUGGGCAGCGGGGCGCCCCAAGGUGAACCCCAGGAUCAUCGCGGCUCCCCAAGGUGCCAAGGAAUAUGUGUUCCCGCGGAGGGAGAGGUUCCCGGUGUUCUUCCACCAGGAAAACACCUCCUCCAUCUACGUCGGGGGCGAGGGGAGGCUCUACUACUACGACUUUGCAACGCGAGAGAACUACACGGAAGAGUUCCCGGUGAGAAAUGAAGGCCAGUGCGUGUCCUCUGGGAACUUGGAGGACAGCCGGAAUUACCUGACCCUGGUGGAGCAGUACGGGGACGGGCUCUUGGUGUGCGGGACCGGCGCCUGCGCUCCCACCUGCUGGAAUGUGACGCAGAGGAGGGAGAGCCCGCCCUGGGAUGGGAGAGGGAUCGCUCCCUUCACCCCUGACUCCAACACCCUCGUCGUUGUCGAUGGCCAGGACAUCUACUCCACCAUCAAGAAGAGCCAGCAGAACGGGAAGAUCCCUCGAUUCCGCCGCGUGAGGGGCGGGGGAGAGCUCUACACCAGUGACACCGUGAUGCAGAACCCUCAGUUUGUCAAGGCCACCACGCUGAGGCACGAGGAGCCUCACCAGGACAAGAUUUAUUACUUCUUCCGCGAGGACAACCCGGACAAGAGCCCCGAGGCGCCCCGGAACAUCUCGCGGGUGGCCCAGCUGUGUAAGGAGGACAGGGGAGGAACCAGCUCCCUCUCAGCCUCCAAGUGGACCACGUUCCUCAAGGCCACCCUGAUCUGCGUGGACCCCGUCACCAAGGGCAACUUCAACUGGCUGCAGGACGUCUUCUUCGUCCCCGCGGGCGACUGGCGGCGCUCCAAGGUCUACGGGCUCUUCACCAACACCUGGGGAAGCUCUGCCGUCUGUGUCUACUCCUUCGGGGACAUCGACAACGUGUUCAGGACAUCGCGGCUCAAAGGCUACAACGGCCCCACCCCGGAGGUCAAACCUGGCCAGUGCGUCCCCUCCGGGCAGCACACGCCGAGCGAGACCUUCAAGAUCGCCGACAGCCACCCCGAGGUGGAGGAGCGGGUGGAGCCGCUGUCCCCUUCCAGGAGCCCCCUGUUCCACAACAAGCACCGCUACCAGAAAAUCGGCGUGCACGAGGUGGCCGCGGGCGACGGGCAGCGCUACAACGUCCUCUACCUGGCCACAGACAAGGGGUCCAUCCACAAGGUGGUGGAGCUGCCAGACGGGGUGCAGAACAUCGUGGAGAUCCAGGUGUUCCCCAACAAGGAUCCCAUCCAGGCCAUGAUCCUGGACCACGCCAGGGCCGUGCUCUACGUGGGCUCCGGCAGCCGCGUCCUGGAGCUGCCCAUGGACAUGUGCGGGGCCUACCGCAACAACUGCCACAGCUGCGUGCUGGCCAGGGACCCCUACUGCGGCUGGGCCAACGGCUCCUGCCUCUCGCUGGCCCUCAGCCGGGACGUGCUCCAGAACCUGAACUUGGACUCGUGGCGAGGAAGCUGCCAGAGGGGCGACGUCAAGGAAGACGACUUCCGGAACAUCUCGGUGAUGCCCUUCUCCCGCUACUACCUCAACUGCUCCAUCGAGUCCCACUACGCCACCUACAACUGGUACCACGAGGACGUGCUCAUCAAGAGCUGCAACACCUCCCACCCGCAGCACGACUGCUUCCACUUCAUCCCCAGCGUCCGCCGCGAGCACUACGGCCACUACGUCUGCGUGUCCGAGGAGGACGGCUUCCGCCAGGCGCUGGUCAAGGAGCGCCUGCUGGACCGCCAGCGCUUCCAGUCGCAGCGCGGCCGCGCUCCGGCCACGCUGGCCUCGUGGCUCCAGCUGCUGCUCGUGCUGGCCCUGGCCGAGCUCUUCCACUGACGCCGUCCCGCUGGCCCUGCCCGCUGCUUGCCGUGGUUUCCGCGGCUCCGCGGAGCUCGGACCGUUUGUGUUGCCCGCCGCCGGCCUCGCUGGAAGAGCCGCGGGAGGAGGGUGUGACACGCGGCGGCCGCGGCGGUGGCGGCUCCGCUGGCCAGCCAUGCAUGCGCUGACGCUCAGGGCGUGCCCGCUCCUUGCAUGUGAUGAAGAUGAGGAGGAGGAGGAGGAGCCGGCCCUCGGCCUCCGGACUGCGGGAUCCCCGCGGGGGCCGCUGCCUCCCGAGGUUUUGGGGGGGUGAUGUUGGGGUUGGCAGCGGCUGGGACACCCCCGGCGAGCCCCCUCCUGCUCCGGGGGGGCUCGGAGGCUUCAGGGGGGGCUCGGUUCGUUGUUUUUUGUUUGCAGCCGGCUUUGGUGUGGGAGGGAGGUCGGGAAUCGGCGCCGCCGCGUUGGGAAUUUGCAUGGGAAAGCCUCGGAAGGUGACUGGAUUUGGGGUGUGGGGACGGGGAGGGAAGGUGGGAGCAGAGCCCGGAGCGGAGCGGGAGGCGCUGGGGAGACGCUGGAGACGCACAAAUCCUCUGCAGGCAGCUGAGGGGCAUCGCAGCGGGGCCGUGCCCGCUCCCACCGUGUUCCGGGCGUCCUCAGGGAAAGCGGCCGCGGAUCUCAGGGCACCGGGGGGGCUGCGCCUGUCCCCGGCUCUGUCCCUGUCCCCCGAGGCAGGCCCGGGGCAGGUCCGGGCUUCGCUUCCCCCGCGCUUUCGGAGCUCUCGGAGCGAGACUAAACUGUGAAAAUCGGGAUUUUCCCCCUGCAAUGGGUGGGGGGGGGGGGGGUCCCGCUCCUUGUCCCAACCUCGCCCAGCCCGGAGCGGCCCGGCCCUGGGCGAGGACACCCAGGGGACACCCAGGGGACACCCUGGCCGUGCUUCCAAUGCCUGUCCCGGCUCCUGCUCACUCAGGAGAGCCCGAGGGGCCGAGAGGCCACGUCCAGACGCCACGGGCAGCAGGCCAGAGCUUCCUAGUGCACUACAUCCCCGAGAUGUUCCCCAUCCCCAGUCUAGGACAGAGCUUCUUACAGCCCUUCUCAAAGCACUUUAACUUUGUGGACUAACAGAUAUUUAUUAUAUCGACUGCUCGUUUCUGUCUUGUAGGAUUUUAUAAUAUUACAGCAGGCGGGGGCGGAUCACAGGAGAGGAAAAUUUUAAAAAACCCACCACAACAGCUACCAAAAAAACCACCCCCAACCCUUUCAGACCUGUAACCAAAGCGGAUGGUUGGAAUAAAGAGUGGAGAAAAAGCAG